AUGCCUCCCAACUCUUUCUCUUCUCUGCUUCUCACUCUCCUUCUGGGACUCCUCCUUCCGCCCUGUCUGUGGGCACAGCAGAAGGGGAUUGGCCCUAGGGAUCUAUGGUGCGUCGCCAAGAACAACGCGGCCGACGCCGCUCUGCAGUCGGCCAUCGACUGGGCCUGCAGCGCGGGCGGCGCCAAUUGUGCUCCCAUUCAGCAAGGCGGGCCGUGCUACGACGCCGGAGACAUCCAGCGGACGGCUUCCUGGGCUUUCAACGACUACUACUUGAAGAAUGGCAUGACCGACGAUGCCUGCGACUUCACCAACACCGCUGCCGUCACUUCCUUAAACCCUAGUCAUGGCAGUUGCAAGUUCCCAUCAAGCUCCGGAGUGAAGAAUGGGAGUGCUUCUUCAACUGCUACAGCAGUAGGAACGGGGCCGGCGGACAGUGCAGAUAUGAGCAGCUGCAACCGCAUUGCAGCAACAGCAGCAGCAGCUUAG